CCCUGUCGAGCCGGGCAACCCCAGAGAUUUGAUACGCCUCCCGCCAUGGACAACUCCGGCAAGGAGGCCGAGGCGUUGGCCCUGCUGGCCGAAGCGGAGCGGAAGGUCAAGAACUCGCAGUCCUUCUUCUCCAGCCUCUUUGGAGGCUCAUCCAAAAUCGAGGAAGCAUGUGAAAUCUACUCAAGAGCUGCAAACAUGUUCAAGAUGGCCAAGAGCUGGAGUGAAUCUAUCUCUGCUGCUGGGAAUGCAUUCUGCCAGGCGGCCCAGCUACACCUCCAGUUACAGAGCAAGCACGAUGCAGCCACAAGUUUUGUGGAUGCAGGGAAUGCCUUCAAGAAAGCUGACCCCCAAGAGGCUAUUAACUGUUUGAUGAGGGCGAUUGAGAUCUAUACAGACAUGGGCCGCUUCACAAUUGCAGCCAAGCAUCACAUCUCCAUCGCUGAGAUCUACGAGACAGAGUUGGUGGACAUUGAGAAGGCAAUAGCGCAUUAUGAGCAGGCUGCAGAUUAUUACAAAGGGGAAGAGUCCAACAGCUCUGCCAACAAGUGCUUGCUCAAGGUCGCCGGCUACGCAGCUCAGCUGGAGCAGUACCAGAGGGCCAUUGAGAUCUACGAGCAGGUGGGGACAAAUGCAAUGGACACUUCCCUGCUCAAAUACAGUGCAAAGGAUUAUUUCUUCAAGGCUGCUCUGUGCCACUUCUGCAUUGACAUGCUGAAUGCCAAGUUGGCUGUAAAGAAAUAUGAGGAGAUGUUCCCAGCUUUCUCCGAUUCCCGAGAAUGCAAGCUAGUCAAAAAACUCCUGGAUGCCCACGAAGAACAGAAUGUGGACAGCUACACUGAGUCGGUGAGGGAGUACGAUUCCAUCUCAAGGAUGGACCAGUGGCUCACCACCAUGCUCCUUCGCAUCAAGAAGACCAUCCAGGGGGAUGAGGAAGACCUGCGCUAGCCCUGGCCUAGCCCCAGCGGGCUUCUGUCCUCCAUGGGGGGGCUCCCUCUGCCCUCACCCCUUCACUUCUGAACAGGCUGUAGGAUGGAUGGGAGGAGACUGAAGCCCCCCCAGACAGAGAGAGGGGCAGUUGUGCCCUUCCUGGUGUGUCCCCCCCCUCCCUGCCCCAGCCCAGCUGCACAGACUUGGGGCCCUGUGCCCUUGCCUGACUUGGCCCAUCUCCCACCAGCAGCAGAGGGCAGGGAGGGAUUCUUUGCUUCCCUUUGGGGCCCCCUUUCUGGGUGCCCCUCUGCUCAGGCUCUGCCCCUCUUUCUAUGCAUCCUUCCCCCCAGGCCCCCACCUCUCAGGUUUGGCCCUUUGGCCCUGGACACUCCUCCCCCCCUGAACCCUCCCUGCUGUUUGGGGGGGUCAGAAGGUUGGGGUGCAUGUUUCUAGAGAGGGCCCAAGGAGAGCAAAAUAAACAUUUUCGCAUGGAUGGA